CUGCAGACGGUCACAUGAAGCUAGAAAUGCACCCCACCUUCUCCGCAGCAUGCGUUCGCGCGACUGAUGUGCAUCGCCACAAGCUUGAAGCUUCAAGACCGGAAAUAAUCCGCUCUUAGAUGGAGCUUAGUGAGUUGGUGAUAGUUCGAAGACAGAGUGAUGAGAAGAAGGCUGCAAGUCUAUCAUGGCGCCGCUGAGGAGUUGGCUAAACAUCGAGUCGAGCUCAGACUUCUCGAUCGCUAACAUACCUUUCGGCAUCAUUUCCACUGCUGUCGAUCCAUUACCGCGUGUCGCAACAGCCAUCGGUUCACUCGCGCUCGAUCUGCAUGCUUUUGCACAAGGCAAUGGCUUCGCAAGGCUCUCAACGAUACAGCCGCAUCAGUCAGUCUUCUCCCAACCAACGCUGAAUGCAUUUGCAGCUCUAGGACGACCCAUGCACCGAGUGUGUCGCGAGUACAUCCAAAGCAUCCUGCUUGAGGACGGACCGUUUCCGGAUGUCUUCCAGAACAAUCACGCCCUUCAACAAAGCGCAUUAAUCCCGCUAGAGGAAUGCCGGAUGCAUCUUCCGAUGCAGAUUGGUGAUUACACCGACUUCUACGCAGGACUACACCAUGCAUACAAUGUCGGUGUGCUUUUCCGUGGACCACAAAAUGCGCUUCAGCCUAACUACAAGCAUCUACCAGUGGGUUACCAUGGCCGAGCGAGCAGUGUUGUUGUGUCAGGAACCCCAGUCAGAAGACCGAAUGGACAGAUCUUGCUCGAUCCGACCGCCGAGCCAAAGCAGCCCGUUCUCAGUCCUUGCCAUAAAUUGGACAUUGAACUCGAGCUAGGGUGCUUCGUGUGUAAGCCGUCAAAGCUAGGUGAACCUGUCGCAAUCGGGAAGGCGGCCGACUAUCUCUUCGGUCUGGUCUUGCUGAACGAUUGGUCAGCUAGAGACAUCCAAGCAUGGGAGUACGUUCCUCUCGGACCGUUCACAUCGAAGAGUUUCUGCACGACCAUCUCUCCAUGGGUUGUCCUCAUGGAUGCACUAGAGCCAUUUGCAACACACGGCUUGAAGAAUGAUGCCGAGGUUCUCCCGUACUUGGACGAGAAGGACCGCAAGGCGCACUACGCCAUUGAUCUCUCCGUCUCACUGACCACAGCUUCCGACAAGAGUACCGUCAUAUCGACAACAUCAGCAAAAAACCUCCUGUUCUCAUUUCCGCAAAUGCUCACUCAUCAUACAAUUGGCGGCUGCCCAUUCAAUGUGGGUGAUCUGCUAGGGUCUGGAACAAUCAGUGGCGAAUCAGCAUCAGGGAAAGGCUGCUUGCUGGAGCAGACCGAGAACGGGAAGGUGGCAGUCCAGCUUGAAGGUGGCGAACAGCGGAGUUUCCUGCAGGACGGGGAUAUUAUCACCUUGACUGGGAGAUGUAUUGGAGAAAACGGUGCCAUCGUUGGUUUUGGGAGCUGUACAGGUCGGAUCGAGCCUGCGCUCAAGUUGUGAUAGCUAAGCGAACAGGCACCGAGGCUAUCAGGAGAGCGCCGUCCUCUGAUCUGUCUCCGGCGGACCUUCAUCCAACAGAUUCCGUAGUUGUAUGUUUCUUUGAGCAGGGCACAAGAAUCUCGCGUUCUGUGGUUGCGAGCAUGGCGGAGGCGUUCCGCGUCUGGAUCCCUGUCAAUCGAAGCAAUUCCGCCAGCGUAGAUCAUGCUGUCUUCACAGGAGAUUCUCAGAGUUGGAGGCCUAGUCCGUUUCCGCCUGCUCCACGUACAGCGGAAUAUGCGCCUCCAGAUGUUGCUGCGCUUUCCGUGGAGAGCGCCU